CAAAUAAAUAUAUAAAAUAUUAGGAUGGCUAGGCUUUGUCUUCCCUUUGCUUUCUUUCUUGUCCUUGUCAUUUUCACUUUUGCCAUUCAAACAACAAAGGCUGGAAAGGAAGGAUCACUUCGCCCCCAAGAUUGUCCAAACGCGUGCGGUAUUCGGUGUUCAAAAACUCAUCAUAAGAAGCCAUGCUUGUUCUUUUGCAAUUACUGUUGUCAGAGGUGUUUGUGUGUUCCUUCGGGUUUUUAUGGACAUACUGGAGAAUGUCCAUGCUACGACAAGAUCCUCACUAAAGAAGGCAAACAUAAAUGUCCUUGA